AUGGCGCAGCUGUGUGGGCUGAGGCGGUACUGGGCACUCCUCACCCUGCUGGCAUCGCUGCUCCUCUCCCGUGUUUCUCCAGCCACACACAGCUGCACAGACUUUUGCCGAGUUUCGAAGAGUGUGGGAAAAUGCCGGGCCUCCAUCCCUAGGUGGUGGUACAAUGUCACUGACGGAUCCUGCCAGCAGUUUGUGUACGGAGGCUGUGGAGGGAAUGACAAUAAUUCCAUGACCAAGGAGGAGUGUCUUGCAAAGUGUGCUGGUGUCACAGUAAACACCAUCGAUGAUCUGUCCAGGAAUGGAGCAGAUUCCUCUGUCCCAAGUGUUCCCGGAAGGCAGGAUUCUGAUGACCUGUCCAGUGAUCUUUUCAACUAUGAAGAAUACUGCACUGCCAAGGCCGUUCCUGGGGCUUGCCGCGCAUCCUUCCCAUGCUGGUACUUUAAUGCUGAGAAGAACUCUUGUGAUAACUUCACCUAUGGCGGAUGCCGGGACAAUAAAAACAGCUACCCCUCCAAGGAGGAGUGCGUGCAGCGCUGCUUCGGCAAGCAGUUGUGUCCUGCCCUGGGCCGCACUAAAGCGGUGGUCCUGGCAGGGCUGUUCGUGAUGGUCCUGAUGCUCUUGCUAGGACCCUCCAUGGCCUGCCUGAUCAGGGUGGCGCGGAGGAACCAGGAGCACGCCCCCCGCACUGUGCGGAGCUCUGGGGACGACAAAGGGCAGCUGGUGAAGAACACUUACGUCCUGUGA